GCGGGGCUGUUGCUAUCAAUAUGGCGGUUGUCAGCCAGACAAAGACAGUCAGUCUGAUGUGAUUGAGACAAGGGAGGUUUUCAGGGGGAGACUGGGAGAUAGGGGGCUCCCCUCCCCCCUCUGUUCUUCCUGCGCGGGCCUGGAGCCCUCCUCAGCCCCUCCCGCCGGGCGCCCCGCGGUGAAGAUCCCCUCCCCCUCCCGUCUUCCUCCUCCCUCCCUCAGCCUUGCUCUGGGACGCUGGGGAGGGGGCUGAGCCGGGUGCAGAGAACUCAGCCGGGUUUCCGAGAAUGGUAAAUAAGGCUGGCCAUCUCUGGAAAGGCCAUUGAUCCGCCUCAUGUAAAGUAUGCUCAGUUCCUUUCCAGUGGUUUUGCUGGAAACCAUGUCUCACUAUACAGAUGAACCCAGAUUUACCAUAGAACAGAUAGAUCUGCUCCAACGUCUUCGGCGUACUGGGAUGACCAAACAUGAAAUUCUCCAUGCAUUAGAAACUUUGGACCGUCUUGAUCAAGAGCAUAGUGAUAAGUUUGGAAGGAGGUCCAGCUACGGGGGAAGCUCAUAUGGGAACAGUACCAACAAUGUUCCAGCAUCUUCCUCUACAGCCACAGCUUCCACGCAGACCCAGCACUCCGGAAUGUCCCCAUCACCCAGCAACAGUUAUGAUACCUCCCCACAGCCUUGCACUACCAAUCAAAAUGGGAGAGAGAACAACGAUCGAUUGUCCACAUCCAAUGGGAAGAUGUCGCCAUCUCGAUACCAUGCAAACAGCAUGGGUCAGAGGUCAUAUAGCUUUGAAGCCUCAGAAGAGGACCUAGAUGUAGAUGAUAAAGUGGAGGAAUUAAUGAGGAGGGACAGCAGUGUGAUAAAAGAGGAAAUCAAAGCCUUUCUUGCCAAUCGGAGGAUUUCCCAAGCAGUUGUUGCACAGGUAACAGGGAUCAGCCAGAGCCGGAUCUCUCAUUGGCUGUUGCAGCAGGGAUCAGACCUGAGUGAGCAGAAGAAAAGAGCAUUUUACCGAUGGUAUCAACUUGAGAAGACAAACCCUGGGGCUACGUUAAGUAUGAGACCUGCCCCCAUUCCAAUAGAGGACCCUGAAUGGAGACAAACACCUCCCCCAGUCUCUGCCACACCUGGAACCUUCCGACUCCGACGAGGGAGUAGAUUUACCUGGAGAAAGGAGUGCCUAGCUGUCAUGGAAAGUUACUUCAAUGAGAAUCAAUACCCAGACGAAGCAAAGAGAGAAGAGAUUGCCAACGCCUGCAAUGCAGUCAUACAGAAGCCAGGCAAAAAGCUGUCCGACCUGGAACGAGUUACCUCUCUGAAAGUUUAUAAUUGGUUCGCUAAUAGACGGAAGGAGAUCAAGAGGAGAGCAAAUAUCGAAGCAGCAAUCCUGGAGAGUCAUGGGAUAGAUGUACAGAGUCCAGGAGGCCAUUCCAACAGUGAUGACGUGGAUGGGAACGACUACUCUGAGCAGUCAUCCUUUGCAGGAGCCUUGAUUCAAUUAGAGGAUCAGAAGGGUCCACAGGAAUGCCAGCAGCUACCAGUGCUAAGUGGCCUUUUCUAAGCUCUCCUGCCCGUGAGGCUCACGACUCAGGUGAGGUUAGCUGGAGUCCAUGAGCCCUGUCCUUUCUCAGGCUGGAUACUGCGGGUGUGGUUAGUAGCCAUGUGUGUCUUCGCCCUUUCUACAGAAUGUGCCCCCUCUCACCCAGAACACUACUCAACCAAGAUGCUGGUUUUAGCUUUGUCAUGUGGAAUGGCUGGGGUCGAGUACUUGCCUAGAAGGGUCUAGAGAGCCCUCUUCCCUCAGCACACAGACGCACAGAGGUGAGGAGAAGAUUCUGUUCCUGGAGAUGCUCCGGUGUGAUCCCUCCCACAUACCUUCGAUGACGUGCACACAGAACGGUGGUCCUAGAAGGGUGGCCAGGGCUGCCGCUUCUGUCAAAGUCACCUUGUGGUCCCUUUCCCUGCCGGCAGGUCAGAGGUGUGGUCCUUGCUGAGGACUGGAUUUUUUAACCCUCUCUCACUUUGCAGCUGCUGAGCAGUAGCAGUCUCCGGCAGUUUCAGGUUCGCUGCCUUCUGAUUCGAUUCUGAGAAGUCACUAGUUGAGCGAAUUUUGUGAUUUGUGUGAUACGUACUGCACAGCAGCAGAACGCUAUAAUUACCUGUGAGCAUUUGGACAGACCGGAUUGACGUUCAACAAGAAGCCCCAAUGUGGUCUGCCUGGGUGCGCCAGGGGGCCAUUCUGAUUAAAAACACCCUAUCCAGGGUAAAUAUUCCUGUAUUCCCACAGAAACCCCCACCUCAAAACACAAAACUGGCUUCGUCAUCAAGGACAGUGUAGGUAGUAUUUGCCUCUGAAUAGCUUUUUCUUCUUCUUUUUCUUUUUUAAACUAAUCCCAGAAAUGAUUAUUGUAAGAGUCGGAAGAUAGUGGCAUUUGGGGAAUGUGUCAUCUCGUUCUGCUGAGGUCACUGCCAACCUGCUUGCUCUUCUCCGGCAGCACUGGGUCACCCCAGGGCCACCGGCACUUGCCCUGUCGUCUUCUCUGCAGCUGAAUUUUCAAGCACUGCCUCGGCUGUGGGGUGCUAGACCCCAGCCCUCCCCACCCGGCAGUGACCGCCACAAGCUUGUUCUUUUCAGUUCUUGAGGCACUUAACUCCUGGGACUUUGAGGCCUCGUGCUGGAGUUCCCAAGGGUUUGGUGAACCCUGCCCGCCAUCCCUCUACCAGAGUCAGAAAGGAAGGUGGGGGCAUUGUGGAAUCCAAGGUUCUGGUGUCCUGGUAUUAUUCUGGUAUUAGUGCCACCCUGCUGUGGCCUUGGCCCCUCAACACUGACCAGCCCAUAUGUAGAUACCUGAAGACACCCAAAUUUAGGCCUAGAAUAAGAACUUCUUAAUAUCCAGAAUCCAGGAACAGAGCAAGCUGCCUCCGGGUCCUGUGGAAGCUAAGUGACUGUUGGUCGGACACUGAUGACCUGCUGGGCCCUCCCCACCUUCCUUUCUAACUCUCUCACAAAAUUAGGUUCUCCAGGAGUUGGCUGGGUCACUGUCCUCUUCUGAUCUCCUGUCACAUCAUGGGUAGCCUUACAGCCCAAGAGAAUGAAAAGCACUGAGGAACAAAGUUGAAGGACCCAGCAGGCCGCCUCUUGGGGCUGCUGACACCUUGUUAGACUAGCUGGCCAGUGGGGUCUUAACAUUGUCCUCAUUCUACCCCCAAACACCUUGAGUUGGAGAGAAAGAGUAUGUGUGCCUUUCAUUUUGGUAUGAUCAAGAUUUUGCAUCUCUGUUGGUGGCCAAAGGUGCCAUGGAAAUUGUGGAAUAGGGUCAGUGCCUGUCGCCUACCCAGGGCUCGAGACAGGCAGGUCCCGGGACUUGUGUUUGAAGGUUCGUUGCUCCUCCAGGAUUUAGCUUCCCAGCACUUCCAGGUCGAAUCUCUCCCCAGUCUUGUUUUGUACCUUCCUGAGCCCAGAAACCUCUCCCAUUUUACUUUACUGGAACUAACCUGUGAGGCUGUCUGUCCACUCCAUGGCUUGCUGAGGAUGUGACAUUAGAAACCAGAUGGCAUUAGAGUUGUAUGAACACAAACAGCAGCCAUUGUACAGAUGCUUCCUGGGCCCUGUCUGCAGGCGGGGAGGUGCCUGUGUGAGUUGUGUGUGCUGAGUGGAGGUGAGUGCGCAUGGCUGCUUUCGGAAAGCAAUCCCUUUAUCAUUUGCCUUGAUGCCUACGUUGACUGUACUGAAAUCUGUGGGGACCUCAUCACGCAUCUCAGAAAAUGGGCACCAGAAGAAAACCAAAGUUCUUGGGGGGUGGUUAGAGCCUUUUUCUUUCCAAGCACUGGCCAUCCUGGCAAGCUUUCUCCUUCCUGCUCUUUGGUUCUACCACAACACCACUAUGAAAGCUCCCUUCUUCUCUUAGUGGUUCUCACAAGGACCCUGAACAGUGUGUCAGGGUAGCCUGCAGCUCAUCAGGUGCAGAUCAGGGACCACAGCGGCCAAACUGGCCCCUGAGCCACCACAUAACUUCACUGGCUGCCCGGUAGGACACACUCUGCUGGAAGGUCGGUGCCCUAGAGAGUGUGGCAGUUGCCUCCCUGGAAGAGCCUACAGGCUUCUCUGAGGUCAUGGGCUCAACCUCCCCUCCAUGGCCAUGGUUACGUUGAGUCUGCAGUACCUUCAGGAUCAAAUUCUCAUUUAUGUUUUAAGUGCCUAAGCAAGUUACAAACCUCUGGGACCUGCCCAAGAGUUGGCCUGUGCCCUGUCCUUCCCACCAUGCGCCCCCACCCACCCAGUGCCCCUGCCAUUCUGCAGGCAGAAUGGUCACAAGGGCAAGUAAGGGGAGAGGGCUGGCUUUGUCACUGUUCGCUGUGUCCCUUCUGUUGAUGUGACUGUGGUCUUGGAUCAUAGGGAGUUUUAAGGAGUCUGCUUAGCUAAUAGCUCAGUGGCUACUGAGUGAAGCAGGACAGAGACGGCCUCUGAGCAGAAUUCUGUCUCUCAGCACCCGGAGAACACUUCCAGCUCUAAGAGGCCUGGCAGGCAGGGGUCAUAGCUGAUAAACCUGUGCCCCUUUGCCACCAUGAGUACUGGAGCCCUUGCCACAUCUACAGCCCAGAUACCAGGGAGCCAGGAACCAAGGGUCAUCAUCAGUGGAGUUGUAGAAAGAUCCAGUGUGCAUUUUUAAAAAGGAGUUGUUUUGUUUUGAGAAUAAUUUAAGUCUGAACUAGAUCCAGGCCUUUAUUUACGUGGGCUAUAGGACAGAUGAGUGGGAAAGGAACAAUCCAUAGACAGGCACCUUAUUUUCAUGACUAACCCAGGAUUUCUUUUGUUCCGACUAUGGAGUAGUGCAAACACUGGGCAUUCGCAUGGAACAGGCCUGGACGACCUCACCAGUGAGCUGCCUCACCUAGAGAAGGGAAGGCUGUGGGGGAGCAGCCCCUGAGGAGUGCUGUUCCCCUCCUCUAGAUGGUGCACUCAUGGUCUACCGAGCACCUGUCAGGCCCGGUGUAACUGAGGAAUGUCAGCCAGAUGCGUGAUUGGGGGGACAGCCGAGUCAGAGCAUCAAGAGGGCCAGGGUUCCGGGCUCUGACUGGACUUGAACAUUCUAGAGCCGAAUGCUAAGGAGUGAGAGCCACUCCUGUUGAGCACAGCUUGUGUAGUUCACUGGGCUGGGGACAAGCUGGCACGGCCAGCUGGGAAGUGGAAAGCAGGCUCACGUGUUUGACCGGACACCAGGGACCAGACGUCUUGAGGUUGCCUGCAGGUAUUCAUCGUGAUGGCUGUGUAGGAUCCUGCCAGAUGAGUGGGGGCGGGGGCAGAGCGCCCUCCUGGCCUCGGCCGUUGUGUGUCUUAGUCUCUGUGUUUCCCUUUGGUGUCUCCUCUGGUCUCUGUCCCCAUCUUGUGUGCCAUGUAUCCCUGAGGGUGUCACACCUGUGUCUGCGUCUGCCGUCAGGUGUCCAGUCUACCUCAAGGGGUCAUCAUGGCAAGCUCUGUCCACAUGGAAUCCUCCUUACAUGCCACACACACUGGAAUGUAUCCCGUCCCAUCCCCAUAACCUCCUGACCCCAUCUUUCCCGUAAUCACCACAGACUCCUAGUGCAAAUUGGAUGCUGCUUUAAAUGUGAAAAAAUUGUUCAAAAGCUAUAAAAUCUGAAUGAAAGCUAAAGCUGAAUUUAUAAGCCUUGUUGCAUAUGAGCCAAAAGUGCAAAAAGCUCUAUAUAAUGAACUAACCUGCCACUCGUAUAAAUAUAAAUAUAUAUAAAUAUAUUAAAACCAGACUGUUCUACAAAUUGUGUAUUUGUAUUUUUGUGUACGUACAAUUUUUCUGCUAAGCAGAAGGAGGGUGUAGUAUAGGGCGCUGUGAGAAGAGAUUCGGUUAAUCCCACUUCUUUGUUACUUAUUUUUGUUAACAUCAGAUGCCUGUCUUCGUCUUCUGUGUAACACUGUUUGGAAAGCUGCAGUAUCCUUCUUCCUUAGGCCAGUCUGUGAUGAUAAAGCUGGGCUCAGAGAGGUGUCUUGGCCACCCAGCAGAGGGGAGCAGGGCUUACCUCCCACCGUGCCCCUCAGGGUGGCUUGCACCCUGAGACCAGGCAUGGCUUUCUGACUUGUCUCUGGGAAGCAGACUCCCCUCCUAGAAACCGACUUCCCAGACAGGAUCACUGGAUACUCAAGACCCAGGGAGCAAGGGGAACGUCUGUCGCCGCCCAGGCGGCUCUGCUGGCUGUCACUGGGCCAUAC